CACCAUAUCCGGAAGCAGCCCAGCAGAGAUUUUGACAAUCCUCGAAUCUGACGGGUUUGUCCCAUUCAGCACCAAUGAGUCCUGGUGAUCCAGGUCCGGAUGUAAGCGGCUAUGCUGAUGCGACUCGGUGCCGUGUGUUGGGCUGUUAGCUUGUUAGCGUUUUAGCUCCCCGUGUUAAGUUUAUCAUUCGGAGUUGAAGUUCCCGAAGAAAAUGUCUCGAGGAGACGUCAGAAGACACUUCUUGUACAACCUACCGGCCCCUGUACUCUGGGAAUUCUGCCGGAUAAUGGAUGGAUUGUCAGACCUGGACUGGACCCGCUUUGCUUCAGAGGUCCUGGGAGAUCAACUCAACGUGCGAUUGGCUGAGAGGAAGGAGAGGCGGACCGACUAUGUCAUGAGCCAAUGGGCCAACAGGAACGGUUGCGUUGGUGAGCUGCUGGACCUGCUGGAACAUCACCAGCUUCUCCACCCGAGAGACGUGAUCCUUCGCUGGGCAUUGUCUUUGAAGGCUUCUCCUCUUGCUCCUCCUCCUGUUAUACUUUCUCACUUUGAUCCUCCCGCCAAGUCAGUGGUGGCGCCGCACACAAUGACGAUCAGCACUACAGUUGAUGAAAGAGCACUACCCCGACCAGCCCCACCCCCCUCAAGUUUGCAGUCUGGUCAACCUCGAACACUCCAGGGCCCUCCGGUGAUUUCGUGUGGUGAUGCUGGCUAUGGGGUGAUGUGCUGGUCAUAUGAAGAGGUCCAUGCUGGAACCAAGGGGUUCUCGCCAGCCCUACAGGUCGGUGAGGGGGGCUUUGGAGUCGUGUACAGAGCGUCCCUAAGGAAUACUGACUGCGCAGUCAAGAAACUCAAACAGGACUGCAUGGUGGACCUGACCGUGGUCACGGAGAGCUUCAACACCGAAGUGGAAAAACUCUCAAAGUUAAGACACCCGAACAUUGUGGACUUGCUUGGAUUCUGUCAAGGACCAAGUGUUUGCCUCAUCUACAGCUACAUGGAGAACCGAUCCCUAGAAGAUAACCUGCACAACGUGUCUUUUGCCCUGGCCUGGAAUCUGCGGGUCCGUAUCGUUCAUGAAGCAUCAGCAGCGUUGCAGUUCCUUCACUCUCCUCCAGAUGGACAUAAGUCUGUCAUUCAUGGCGAUGUCAAGAGUUCAAACAUCCUGUUGGACCGCCACCUGGUGGCAAAGCUGGCUGAUUUUGGCUUGGCUCGUUUUGUGUCUACCAACUCAUCGUGCCAUCUGUCCUCCAAGACGACCACAGUGGGUCGAACGUCCACGGUGAGAGGAACGCUGGCAUACCUGCCAGAGGAGUACGUGAGGAAUGGACAGCUGGGGACGGCAGUGGAUGUCUACAGCUUUGGUGUGGUGUUGUUGGAGGUACUGACUGGUCGGCGAGCUCUGGAGAAAGACAGGAAGUCAGGAGAUAUUUACCUGAAGGAUGUAGUCCAGGAGGUCCAGGAAGGCUUGACUGAUUCUUAUGCAGCUGCCUGGAGCAAACAGCUGGACCGGCGGCUGAUCACAGCAGGGGGGUCCACGGAGCUGGGUGGGAGCAUGCAGAUGGCGGCGCUGGCCUGCAGGUGCCUGGACAGGAAAUGGAAGAAGAGGCCUGCCAUGACUGAGGUGUAUAACAAACUUCAGGACAUCAAUGACCUGGUGAGGAAGAGUGACCUCCUUGCUCCUCACUGUGUCCCCCCUGGAUCCUGUGACUUUUCAGACUCCAGCGUGGAGGUCGUGACCCAGUGUUUGUCCAAACUGGGACCCCGAGAGGACACCUACCAGCCACCCUUAGGCUGCCUCCCCCUGCCUCCUUCCUUCUCUAAUACCUCCUUCCAUUCUUCCGUACCUACUCCACCACUCCCUGCUCAGUACUCCUCUCUACCACCUCACCCAUCCUCCCUCCAUGCUCCCUCCUCCACCUCCCUCCCUCCGCUCACAUCCUCUCUCCAUGCUCCCUCCUCCUCGUUUGACGGUCCAUGUGAAACAGAUGAGAGUCGAGGUUUCUCCCAGUAUGACCUUUCUAGUGGGUGCCAGUUCAACUCCAAAAUGUUAUCCCCAUACACCAGAGACCAGUACCAUAAUCAACCUGGGCCCACAAAUUCCCAAUCCAAAAAGCUGUCUGAGGACCAGUAUAACUUUCAUGACAGAAUGGGAUCUGGUCUGUCACACAGGCCCCCCAGCAGCCCUCAGAUUGGACCAAGACUGGGACCGGUUGUCCCAGAAAUCUUUUCUCCUCCAGGUCCUCUCCAGUCACUGUGUCCACAGACCUCAGACGGUGUGCGUUCUCGCAAGGAAAUCAGGGGUCCAGAAGAAAGUGACGAACUGGAAUAUCUUGCUGCUACAAACACCUGACUGGUGGAUAUGAUGGAAAUACAUGGACUUUUUGCUCGAGUCAACUUGUUUCGGCCAAGACACAAUCAAGUAUCUGGCCUACUCACAUGUUGUAUCUGGAUUACAUCCUACUUGUGACUCACAAUGUUCUCACUUCCUGUCUGGCUGUGUGAAAUCAGAAAAAUGUCCCCUGAAAGCUUGCGGAAGUUUCACACUCCAAAUGUCACAUAAAGAUGACAACUGAUUCAUUCCUCUUGAUUGACACUCAAUCAGUCCCUGUUUUCAAUGAUGAGGGCUGGAAUACCAAACAGAUACAGUUAAAUGUAUUCAUCCUGUUCAUUUAUCAACAGUUUAUAAAACUGUACAUUGCAGUGUACAAACUGUGUCUUAUCCAGAGAAUGACUUGUGUUGAGUGCUAAUAACAUGACCAAAACUUGCAGGGUUCUGCAACUAGUUUUCUUGAGACGCCGACCAUCGGUCACUUGUUUUGAUGCUAUUCGAAAUUUUAAUCAGAGGUGAAUGGUGUCGUAAUAUUGCAGAUGUAACUGCCACUCAAAAAUUUAAUUUCUUAUCAAACGAUCUUUUACAACAAAAAUUACAUUUCUGGUCCACAGAGUUUUACCGUUAACACGCACACAACAGCUGAAAUAAGUAUUUAACACGUCACCAUUUCUCUCACUAAAUAUAUUUCCAAAGGUGCUAUUGACAUGAAAUUUUCAACAGAUGUUAGGAACAACCCAAGUAAUCCAUACAUUCAAAGAAAGUUGACCAAUUAAGAUUAGAAAUUAAGUUGUGUGUAAUAAUGUGGAAAGACACGGAAAAAGUAUUGAACACAAAGAAAGGGAGGUGCAAAAAGGCAUGGAAAGCCAAGACAACACCUAAAAUCUAUCAAUAAUCAAACAGCCGUCCAGCCCCUUCUCACUGCAAAUGAAUAUUAGCUGGUUCAGUCCUAAUUGAUGGCUGACAGAAAGGUCUCAUUGCCAAGGUGUGAGGCAAGACACAUCUCAUGAUGGGGAGGAGCGAAGAGCUGUCUCAAGACCAUUGCAAACUUAAUUUUUGCAAAACAUAAUGUUUUGCAAACAUCAGGAUACUUUUUCCCUGUGUCAUUUCACAUUAUUACACAUUAUUAAUUUGUUUUACUGUAUUUUCACGACCAUAGGGCACCCUGCACAGUCUCAGUUACGGGG